CAAGGAUGACCAGACGCGCGCAUGCAUCCUCGUCCCCUUCAAUCCAAUGUGAUCAUACUAACAUCAUUGUCUGCCUGUGGCCUUUAAACUGAUUUUUUUACCCUAUCGCUCUCUCUCCUUCAAUUCUUGAUGGAGAGUGUGCGUGUCUAUGUGGAUUGUGUUCAUCUGUAAACUGCCAUCAUCAUCACCACCGUGUAGACCCCCGCGUUGCGUUGGCGCUGCGGAAUAACCGACAAGAAGAACAAGAAGAGGGCAGCUCUCAUCUCGGGAAACAAGCCAAUCCAUUUGUUUGUGUGUGUGUGUGUGUGUGUGAAAAGAGAGACAAGCGACUGCUGAUGGGGCUGUUGAGGGAAAACAUCGAGCUUGUACGCCGCAACAUUGAGUAAGAAGAAACAAACAACCUCUGCAGAGAAGAGGAGGCUUCCAGGGACAAAAUCCCCUCCCAAACAUAAUUUUUACACGACUAAUUGUCAUGGGAAAAAAAAAGACAUGCUUUCUUAAAAUGACAUGUAAGGAAGAAGAAGGCACUUGGUAGUCAAAGAAGCAUGAGCCAAGCAAAAUAAGAAUAUAUUAAUGAUAGGGUCUUUUAAUAUAACAUUACACCCUUCCUUCUAAAUUAUUAAGCAGUCUACUUGAUCGAGAAAAACAGCAAAAGAGCAUCAAAUAUGAAUAUGAACGCACGCACUUAAAUUCUCCGAUUUGGAGGUGAUUUAUCAGCAUCAUACAGCAGUAGGGGUGGGUCAUGACUCAGUUGCCAUGCGUGUUGUCAUGGUGACCAGCCCCUGUACCCCUUCCCCCCUCCUCUGGUUGGUCCACCUUUUGUUGUGGUUCCACAACCAUGGACCUGAGCUGACAGAGGCAGCACCCCCCUGCCCCAUCCCCUGUAGCUGCUCCAAUCAGGCGAGCCGUGUCAUCUGUACAAGGAAGAGUCUGGAUCAAGUCCCGGACAGUAUUUCAGAAAACACAAGAUACCUCAAUCUACAAGAGAACACAAUUCAGGUGAUAAAGUCUGACACCUUUAAACACCUGAGGCAUUUGGAAAUCCUCCAGCUCUCCAAGAACCACAUCCGGCAGAUCGAGGUGGGAGCAUUCAAUGGACUGCCAAACCUCAACACGCUGGAGCUUUUCGACAACCGUCUCACCGUGGUACCGUCACAGGCCUUUGAGUACCUCAGCAAGCUAAGGGAGUUAUGGCUACGAAACAACCCCAUCGAGACACUGCCAGCGUUCGCCUUUCACCGCGUUCCCUCUUUACGUCGUCUCGAUCUUGGGGAACUUAGGAAACUGGAUUUCAUCUCAGAGGCGGCCUUUGAAGGUCUGGUCAACUUGCGCUUCUUGAAUCUGGGCAUGUGCGGCUUGAAAGACAUCCCUAACCUCACCCCACUCGUACGACUAGAGGAGUUGGAGUUGUCCGGGAACCAGUUGGGGAUAGUCCGGCCCGGAUCCUUCCAGGGCCUUGUGUCACUUCGCAAGCUGUGGCUCAUGCACUCCAGAGUGUCGGUUAUUGAACGCAAUGCUUUUGAUGACCUAAAAUACUUGGAGGAGCUUAACCUUUCCCACAAUUCGCUUCAUUCACUGCCCCAUGACCUCUUCACGCCUUUGCACCAGUUGGAGAGGGUGCAUCUUAACCACAACCCUUGGGUGUGCAACUGUGAUGUUCUGUGGCUCAGCUGGUGGCUUAAAGAAACGGUUCCGAGCAACACCACAUGUUGCGCCCGAUGCCAUGCACCCCCGGGUCUGAAGGGCAAGUACAUCGGCGAACUGGACCAGAGCCAUUUCACUUGCUAUGCGCCGGUCAUCGUGGAGCCGCCCACUGACCUCAACGUCACAGAGGGCAUGGCGGCGGAGCUGAAAUGCCGCACGGGAACCUCCAUGACCUCCGUGAACUGGUUCACUCCGAACGGCACUCUGAUGACCCACGGAUCUUACCGCGUGAGGAUCUCUGUGCUCCAUGAUGGAACGCUCAACUUCACCAACGUGACCGUGCAGGACACCGGGCAGUACACUUGCAUGGUGACCAACUCCGCUGGCAACACCACCGCCACUGCCGUGCUCAACGUGUCUGCUUCAGACCCAAGCAACAGCUACAGCUAUUUCACCACCGUCACCGUGGAGACAGUCGAGACAGUGGGAGGAGGGGAUGAUAAGAACUCAGCAAUGCAGUACAUUAAUGAGACCUUCAUAGAUUUCCCUAAUCCAACUGUUGAAAGGGGGUUAGACGGCGUCACUAUAUCCCCUUCUCUCUCUUCUCUCUCUUCACUGUCACCACGAGCGAAUAGAGCCACUGAGAAUGCAGUGACUGUGUCCAUCAUUGAUGUAACUAACAUUCCGGGCCUGGACGAUGUAAUGAAAACCACCAAGAUCAUCAUUGGCUGCUUCGUGGCCAUUACUUUUAUGGCAGCUGUAAUGUUGGUGGUCUUCUAUAAGCUCCGUAAGCAGCACCAGCUGCAUAAGCACCAUGGCCCGGCCAGAGCCAUCGAGAUCGUCAAUGUGGAGGAUGAGAUUGGAGCCGGAGCGGGAAGUGGCAUCUCGGGCGGGUCUACAAUGAAUACAGGCAGUGGAGGAGAAGGAACCCUAAGGAUACAUCAUCCUGAAAUAGUUAACCUUCCCAACAUUGGACGUUCGGAUGCCCUGAACCAUUACUACAAGACCCAUCAUUACAACAACAAUGUGAUGGGGCUUAGUAUUGGUAGCGAAGGAAUGGGACCAGGAGGGAUGCUCAGUAACAAGAAUCACCAAGGCCAGGAAAUCCCCAUCUCAUGUACCCCUGUCCCCAUCUCCACAUCCAAUCUGCUCACAUCUUCAGGAAAUGGCACCAACACCAACCCAAGCUCUAUGUCCCCACCUCUGCCCAUGUCUCUCCCGAUGCCCACCAUGGGCCUACAUGGAUCGAUUAAAGGUUUCAUGGGACAGAACCAGAACCCCCAAAUGGAGCCUCUCCUCUUUAAGGGGAGUUCGAAGGAAAAUGUCCAGGAGACUCAGAUCUAAAAGUGAGAGAAUGGCGCUAGAGGACAGAGAGGGGAUUCAUGUUGGGUUUAUGCUGGGAAUGAUUAGACACUAGAGUGCAUUGACUUUGACACCAGGAGACAGGAUAGAAGGGACACGGCAACACACAAACACAAAGACUCGUCCGUGGUGGCGUACUGAGCCAAGGAUUAGUGGGCCACUUGUGUUUGUAGUAACACUCAUGGCCAAGGAGAUCAAGGAAUGGACAUUGCGACAAUGUAAAUCUGUGCCAAAGCAAAUGUUUUUUGCAUUCUCUCCAAGCCGUGUUGUCAUUGGGAAAAAACAACAAGUCUUGGGGAGUAAUCGGUCCUUAAAUCGUUGGCCGGCAGUGAUGGAAGACAUGCACACUAGUACUUAACAUGCAGAAGAUGGCGGAGAUUACGGAACGAAAUCCCAGAGACAUUUUUCUUGACAAAAAGAAGGCGCACUCGCUCUGAAGUGACUCAAUAGACUCCCUCUUGGUGACAAUAAUGUAGGCAUAAAUAGAUGGACAAAAAGGUACAGUGCAGUACAAACUACUGUGAAAAAUCCACAAAUUAUAUAAAUCUAUUUUCAUUUAAAUAUGUAUCAUUGCAGACUCCGACGCAGAGAUAUUUUGGGGUGGAUGUAUAUGCCGGUAGAGUUUGUUUCUAUUUGAAAAAGGACGGGCGGCAAUGGGGGGGAGGUUGGUUAUGAUACAUGUUUUCAGUUUGGCUACUUCUCAGAGAACAUAAGGGCUCAAUUGCAACACUCAUUGUGGAUCUUUGAAUUGGCUUUGUGACAUAAAGUCUAUUUAGGUUGUAGUACAGUAAAUGCAGAUCUCUGUUUGACAAACUUCUGUCUGUUGCUUAAGUAGUAAUCAUUACAAAUUUUUGUGUUUCCGAGGGUGUAUUAUGUAUUUUGUAACAGCCAGCUAUUUGGUAUUUGAAUCGUAUCAAUUCUGACAAUGCCAUAAUGUUUGAACUAAUGUUUCACAAACAGGGAGAGGUUAAUCCAAUGCAAAGACCUGUAUGGGGAAAAUAAAGUGUUGACUUAUUUGUGUUAUUUGAAGCAGAUCCGUAGCCAGGAAUUUGAUAUGACCUCCUCGCUCAUGGUGACUAUAAUCAUGCCAUAAACGCUGUCAUUAUGACGAGCCGACAUCUCUCUGCAGCCGCAUUUGACAAGGGAUUGAACAUCCGAUUUAUAAUGAAUGGAAAUGUACAGUAUAUGAACAAUAACAAUGUCUGGUUGUAUGACAAUUGUAAGAACUGCAUUUUUACAGUGUAACUUUCAUAUGUUCGAUUGCCAUUUGCGCUUCUCGCGUUUCAACUAUGUAUUUCUUUAUUUUUGUUAGUUUGAUAUAAUGUGUACAGUUGUCUAGCCAUGUAUCAUUAAGUGUGAAAUAAAUGAAUCAUAUAUUGGAUUGUAGCGGCUCAAUAUGGCAACCGCGUUAGGAAAACUGUAGAGGAAACCUGUCUUAAAGGCUUGUGGUUCACUGCGCUAAUGAAAGGUGUCAUCUGCUCUAUUAACAUGUUGAGACAGCCUAUUAGUCACUCUCCUACAUACAGUGUAUAUAUAUAUAUAUAUAUGUCCAACACAAAGUGAGUAUUUUCAAGAAAGGGUCCUUAGUUCGUUGGCAGAAAGAACGUAAAAUGUUUGUUGCAAUUGAGCACAGGCUGGAUGUGUGUGAAUGCUGAGAUAACCAUUGACAUGAAUGCUAUUUUUUCCUUAUCAUUAAUCACAAUGUAUUAAUUUAUUCAAACUUGAUCAAUGAUAGACAGCUGGCUGGAUUUACACCGCAGGUCUAAGUGGCCAAUUCAAUGUACUGUUUACAUAUAUUUGAAAGUGACCUGUAGCCGUGUGUUGUUUUGGGUAGACAGGUGUAUGUGUAUGUCAUCGAAAACAUCAAAAUAUGCCGAUUGAUGAUGUAUUGUGCAUGUAUCUACCCAAACAGCCCAACCCAUUGUGAAUAAAAAAAAAAGAAACGCUCGUGGUAAAUCAAAAUUACAGCUACAAGCCUGCAUUGACAGCGUAGAUCCAAUCUGUCUGAUUGCAGUGCAGUCGCAUUCCAUGUGUCCGAUCCAACAACUUUUUUGUCUUUACACUGUCAUUAACCAUAUUCAAAUUGUGCUGCAAAAAAUUGUAAUUGUCACUUCAAUAAUGUUGUGUAAAUCCAUCUGUCUUUUAUCGGUUACAGAAUAUUGGACUUCUACGGAUUUUUCACAAAUACUCACAAAAGUGAGUACACCCCUCACAUUUCCCCAACCAUUUAUAUUACAGUAUAUCUUAAGGGACAGCGAUAGAGAAAUGAAAGUUGGAUAUCAUUUUGAGUAGUCAGUGUACAGCUUGUAUAGCAGUAUAGAUUUACUACCCACUGAAAAUGACUCAACAGAGAGCUAUAAUUGCCUUAAUAGCUGUCAACACAAAUGAUUAUUAAGAUUUGGAUUGCACGAUAUAUAUAUUUUUAAAUCGAUAUCAGUAACUUUCUGCUUCUCAAGACUGAUACAAUAUGAUAACUGAUAACUUAUUUAUAGCUAUAAUUAAAAAAAAAACUAAACUUGAACUGUAAUUGGUGCACACCUCGAAGUAAGAAACUCAAAGGUGGAUUAGACAAACCGUACCUGUAGAUUUGUCCUAAAUAGGGAUGCUCCGAUCAGGUUUUUACGUUGCCGAUUCCGACACCGAUCAUCCAUUAGUGAGAUUGAUACAGUUACCGAUCCGAUCACAUGGCUUAACUGUAGAUUUUUUUAUUUAUUUAUGCGGAAUUGGCAAUUUAUUUUUUAGUUCAAGAUAACGGGCCACACGGUCAGGAUAUCGAGAAGAUCUGGGUUUGUAUCUCCGUUGGGCAUCUCUGUGUGGAGUUUGCAUGUUUUCCCCGUGCGUGCGUGGGUUUUCUCUGAGUACCCUGGUUUCCUCCCACGUUAGGUUAACUGGCGACUCUAAAUUGUCCAUAGCAAUGUGCGAGUGAAUGGUUGUUUGUCUAUAUGUCCAGGGCGAGUCCAGGGUGUACCCCGCCUCUCGCCCAAAGUCAGCUGGUAUAGGCUCCAGCAUACCCGCGACCCUAGUGAGGAUAAGCGGCAUAGAAAAUGGAUGGAGGUCAAGAUAACAACAAAAUUUACAGAAGAAAAUAAUCCAAAGAAAUAUCUACAGUAUAUUAAAUAGAAAUCUGUCCUGCUUAACAUUAAAGAGAAUAAUUUGAGCGUUCAGGUUGCAGGGGUCUCCAACGUUCAUCACUAUUCAAGAUGUCAACUAUUUGUGUUUUAUUUCUGACUGGCCAUAUUUCAAUUGUACGCUAUUUACCAAGCACAUCUCCAGUCAAACAGUGUGGCCAUCGUCUUUAUGCUAUUUUGUGGUCAUUUGUCAUUAUAUAAAGGUAUAAAGUCUGAAUUGAACAUUAUAACAAAAAACUACUGAGAGUUGAAGCAAAUAUUCUUUGGCCCUUUGGUGAGCUACUAAAUCAGCCGGUGAGCUAACAUAAGACUGUUUAUGAUCUUUAAACAACCACACGCAAAUAGUGUUUUGAGGACAAGACAUAAUUAGUAUAAUGACAACAAGAGAGCAAAAUUGAACAGCGACACUUGAAAAAAGUUAGUUACAUACCCCAUGAACGUGAUAUCCACUUGUAGCUUUCUUGUGGGACAAAAACGAGCUCCGAAGUAACCACAUUGCUUGUUUGUUUUAAAAACAACAUGCCACUGUACUAAAAGAUGCAAGAUAAGUCGAACGGCAAGCCGUUUGAUAUGGGAGAGAUCAACACUGGCAUCGAUUGUCAUAGCCUCUGUCAAGCUGUCAAACUGAAUCCAUGAGGUUUUACAGGCUAGUUUUGAUUCUCGCGGCAAUACGGGACAAAGUGUGUCCGUUCACGUGGCUGGCACACAUGUAGUGUUUGCCAGCCGAUUGUUUUUUGUGAUCGGCUUUGAACGGCAUUUAUCGGCAUAUGCCGAUCACAUGUUUUUUACGAAAAUCUGUCAAUAUUGUUCGGUGGCCGAUCGAUCGGAGCAUCCCUACUCCUAACCAAAUAUGUCAUCACUACAAUUAAACAAAAUAUAAAACAAAAAAAAAAGUGUAUAGUUUGAAGUCCUUUUCCAGCCACAGCUAACAGGUCUAACAUCCAUCCAUUUAACGUCCAUAAAUCAGUAGUGAAGCUUAUGUCCUUAUUUCCAUCUAUCAGUGUAUGCAGGAGUGUGGCAACCAUGUUGUAUUUUGCAGGCCAGCGUGCAUAUAAGAUACAAACAGCGGUGUCUCGGAAGUACAAACCGUGGCUCUAAGUGGUUUACUAGUUGACCAAGCUCGUAUCUUCAACAAUGGUAAAGGGCUGGUCAUCCAGUGUGGCUAGCUUUCUGGCCACUUGUUUAGCAGCGAUGGCGUCUUUGUAGGCUUUCAAAACACCGUCGUAGCAAUGCUGGAAUUUCAGGCGGUGAUAAGGAACAAGGAAGUCACGAUCAACGCCAUGAUCAGGCGUUACAAGUGAGAUCGGGGGGAGGUUAGUAGCAUGUCACAGAAAAGGAUUGCUUGAUUUGCUCACCUUAGCCCAGGAACACACACCACAGUAUGCGCAAUCUCUCCUCAUUGGAGAGUUUCUUUUAAGUUAUCGUCUAUCUGAGCUAUUUAAUGUUAUCGGAUUUAUCGGUAUGACCUUGUAAUUCCUCAUAUUGGCCCAAUAAUUAUCGGUCCAGUAAUUAUUAUGCACCCCUAAGAUAAUUGUCCACAGUCAAGCAUGUUGUUGAUAACAUCAAGGUCUGGGGCUGCAUGAAUGCUGCCGGCACUGGGGAGCUGUGGUUCGUUGUCAAUAUAAAAUGUUUGCGUAAAUGCAAGGUGUGUACUCACUUUUGUUAGAUACUGCAACUAAGAGUCCAACCAGUUCAUGAUGCUCUUGCUAUGGUAUGCUGUGAUGUGUUUACCAGAUGUAUUUUGCUUGCUGCGGCGACAGCAUCUCUCAGCAUUCACGUGCAAUUUGCAGUUCCAGAGUGCGAUAAACAAACUUAUAUCAGGUUUCUGACUGUAAUGCAGCUAUGUAUGUUGUUUUGUUGUUGUUUUCAUGUUUCACUGAGACAUAAUCAGUCAAAUAGUCAUGAAUACUCAGAAUAUCCGGAUAAAGAUAUGAGGGAGGUAGCUAUCAGACAAAAAACCCCACCAAGACUGUGUUGUCUAUUAAAGCACCGUCUCCUAUGUCAACAAACGCCACCUCCUUCUGUUUAAAGCUUAUUCGUGCUGUUCAAUCUCACAAGUAAAGCAAUCAAUCAAGUGACUCAGGUUGUCGCAAAUGCAACUUUCAGACUGGUCAUCCCAUUAUAUUAUAUUAUUAUUUUAUAUAUAUAUAUAUAUAUAUGUAUAUAUAUAUACUGUAUAUAUAUAAAGCUGAUGUAUAUCGAAUUGAAAGUGAAUGUGUCUCAACCUGACGGGCAGGGUGGACACACGAGGAAUAUAAAUGAAGGCUAAAGUCACAACAUAUGGCCGCUCCCUUGAUGUGAUCCAUUUGGCGGCCCUGUCGUCAGAUUUCAAAGAGCAUACGAGAUAACGCCUCAUGUGCACGGUCGCCAUGGAUGCCAGGGUUCCUCCCUGAAUGUUAUUGUGGAGAGAAGUGUGUUUUUGCGCUCAACCAUAUGGGGGGGCAUCGACUGUGUGAAAUGCAACUUGAUAAUACUAAUUUGCAGGGUAGCAUUCAAGCGUCAAGCUAAAAAAAGAAAAAGUAAUGAUGUUUUUAUAAUGAGUUUUUCAGAAUGUUGUAACUGACUGUAUGUGCUGGCUUUAGGUGGUGUUGUGCUCUAUGUGUACCAUCCGUUGCCUACCCUUACAGAGACUUACGGAUUAUUCAGAAACACCCUUAAUGAUAUGGACUGUUGUAGCUGGAAUAACAAGCAGACAGGAAGUGGACUGACCUUUCUGGUCUCUGCAAGGUAAGCUACUCUGUUUCAUGAAAUAAGAAAUAACUGUCUUGUUUAUGUUUUGGUUUUUGUGUUCAACUUGAGAAAAUUCCCAAACUUGCAUAGGUCAACAUCCACAUUUAAUAAAAAAAAAUCAUAAUCUGCCACAUGCAUUAAAUUAAUAAUAUAGACAUAAUUUACAAUAAACAGUAAAAUAGCUUACGGUAUUCAACACAUUUUGACUCCAAAGUUUGGGAAAGGCUAGUUUAACAUAAAUUGUGCCCCCCUUGGCUUUACAGUAGUUCUUAAAUUUCCAGUUGAUCCUGUGGGCAAUGUACUUACACUAUGUAUUGUUAUUAAAUGUCCUUUUCCCACUUAUUCAUUCUUACAUUGUGGCAGAACAGUAUAUUUGUUUUUAGUUGCAGCAAAACAAAAUAGGCUUUAUUUGAAUUGCAAUGUUGGAUGUACCUCGGAUGUACCUAACAUAGCACUGGAUGUUAGAUUAUACAACAAAUAAUAAAGAGCAGCACCACUAAAUGAAAUGUGAAUUACACGUCAACAUUUCCAGUAUCAAGGAUAGGAUCGGCAAGAUUAUUUUAAAAAAAGUGGAUCGGCACCUCCCUAGUAAAAAGUCCAAAGUAAUAUGCGAAAUUAUGUUAUAGCAUCAUUUUAAAUUAGCAUUUAUAUGUUAUGUAAUAUAUAUGUUAUAUGUUAUAUAUGUUAGAUUUUUUUCUUACAUUUUUGUUGAUGAAUAGAGCUAAUUCAAGUAUUAAGAUUUUUGUAAUAUAUCAUGUUACUGUAUAUGUUUGGCACAGAAGACAGAUAUUUUGUUUGAGCUAGCUUCCCAGCUAUUUUAUAUUUCACACUCCAAAACAGCAGGGGGCAAUGUGUUAUCCUGAGGUAUGCACCUUUUAUCACAAGGUUAGGCCAGGCACUGGAACACCUCUUACAGUAUUUCAGUAUUUCUUUCUAAAUUCAUCAGCAUACAGUAUUGUAAUAUCAAGUAUGCACAGUUUAAAUGAAAGGCUCUGGUGACACAUACGUUUCAUAUCCAGUAUCUCCUUUUCUUUUUCCCCAAAUACUGUCUUUCCCCUACAAAUUGAAUUGCGCCCCAGAUGUGUUCUUCUCGAGGGAAUCCCCCCCCUCCCCCCGCUCCUUUUUCCGGCCCCCGUGGCCCAUAGACAGACUGCACAGUCUGUGGGGAACCUGACACAACAUCAACUCUUACUGUGAAUCCCAAAAGUCGCCAUCAUUCUGAGGCUUCUGCGUCGCUUCCUCCGUCUCGCCUGUUGUUUAUUUAUUUUUCAUGUUUUUGCAGUUGGCUUUCUGGUCGAGGUGUCAGCCUGUGGGCAGCAUCUGAGCUCACGGAGGAGACAUGAAAAGAAAAAUGCCUCUGUUGUUCCUGCAAACUUCACAGGCAGGACAGACAUAUUGGAUAUGGCUGCGUGGGCUGCAGGAAGAGCAAAAAAAUAAUUAA